UCUCACCAAUCCUUUUCUUUCACCUCUCACCACCACUCAGCAGUCAGCAUAGCAGUAAAUACGUGUCCUUUUUCCUACCUUGCUCCUUUACAUACGCCUUUUUGUUUUAGGUUGUUGUUUCUCCCAAACUCAAACCUCAGCUAUGUCAGGUCUGUAUAAUCACCGCUUCUCCCCUGUCCGAACUGCUUCUCCACAUAUUAGAAACACCCCCGACAUUGAUAGUAAUCAACUCUUAUCAGAGCUGUUGGCAGAGCAUCAAAAGCUUGGUCCUUUCAUGCAAAUCCUUCCCACAUGUAGCCGACUGUUAAAUCAAGAGAUAUUAAGGGUCUCUGGAAUGAUGUCCAACCAAGGAUUUGGUGACUUUGACAGGAUGAGGCAUAGAAGCCCCAGUCCCAUGGCUUCUUCAAACAUUAUGUCAAAUGUUUCUGGAACUGGAUUAAGCAACUGGAAUAGUCUUCCUCAGGAGAGACUAAGUGGACCUCCUGGGAUGACAAUGGACUGGCAAGGUGCACCGGCAAGCCCUAGUUCAUACAAUGUGAAGAGAAUUUUGCGUCUUGAAAUUCCUGUCGAUACAUAUCCAAAUUUCAAUUUUGUUGGACGACUCCUAGGCCCUAGAGGCAAUUCUUUGAAGCGGGUAGAAGCUACUACUGGUUGCCGUGUAUACAUCAGAGGCAAAGGAUCAAUAAAGGAUCCAGACAAGGAAGAGCAGCUCAGAGGUAGAUCUGGCUAUGAGCACCUCAAUGAUCCACUCCACAUAUUAAUUGAAGCUGAUUUACCUGCUAAUUUUGUUGAUAUAAGGCUCAGACAAGCUCAGGAAAUUGUAGAAGAAUUACUGAAACCUGUGGAUGAGUCACAAGAUUUUAUCAAGAGGCAGCAGUUGCGUGAGCUGACGAUGCUGAACUCGAAUUUCCGAGAGGAAAGUCCGGGUCCAACUGGUAGUGUUUCUCCUUUUAAUUGCAGUGGAAUGAAACGUCCCAAAACAGGACGGUGAGGGUUUAAACAAUAAAAUCAUCUGAGUUGUUUCUACACUGCCUGCCCCCAGGAUUCAAAACCAAAUAUACCCUCUCAUCUGAUGCAAUAUAUCAGUCCAGCACAAGUUGAAAUGAUUUGGGCUAACCAGUAUAUCUCUGGGGAGCUUUGUAAUGAUCCUUUCAUUGUUUUUGUGUUUUGAACAGAAGAGAGAGAUAGAAAGUUGGUUCUUGCAUUUUAGAUUUGGUGAGGUCAGUUUUGGUGAAAAACUCGAUACAUCCAUUGGAUUCAUUCUUGUGUUAGUAGCUAUAAGGUGUGUGCAAUAAUAAUAUAACAUGUACUUCUUGUGUUGCAAGCAAAUCAUCAGGGGUGGUAAGACAUCUAUGAGUUGGGCCUAUUAUACUCUUGGGUUUGUGGGGAGCUAGAGAAGCAAAUGGAUUUAGCAGAGCACUUCAACCCAUCUCUUAAUGGCUCGAUAGAGCCUGGAAUUUGAAUAUUUGUCUUCACAAAUGAAUGUAGCAGCAGUAUUCCAAAAUAUUGGGACCAUUUGAUUUGGCUUAAAGUACUUGGUAGGUCCCAGGGACUAGAUCAAUUUAAUUUUAAUUUCUCUAUUUGUAAAUGGAUCAAUUUUCUUUAUAAUUUUUUUUUUCAAUAGUAGUUUAAUUUCAAACAAAA